AUGUCUGCACCUAUAAGAACGAAACCGAAGUCUUCUAUGAAGAUUGAUAACGCACCAACCCCGCAUAACACGCCAGCCAGCGUGUUGACAGGCAGCUUUCUCAAGAACGGAAACCCUUUGAAGGCGGAGGGUGCUGUUGACGGAGGCUCUGGGAAGGGUGAAGCUAUUCCCCAGACGAUCAGCGAGGAAGACAUACAGAGUGCUCUGUCGAAUCAGCCUUUCCUGUUGCAGAGUAUUCAGGACAAAUUGGGCUCGCUGGUGGGACAGGACAGUGGGUACGUCAGUCAGCUGCCUGAGAUUGUGAAAGACAGGCUCUACGGUCUGAAAAAGAUUCAAAACGAUCUAUUUGCGCUGGAGAGGGACUUCCAGAUGGAAAUGUUCGCGCUGGAGCAGAAAUAUCUAAGCAAGUACUCGCCACUGCACGAACGCCGUUACAAGAUAGUGAGCGGUCGAGAAGAGCCCACCGCGGAGGAGGUCAAGAAGGGCCGGGAGCUUGCGAUGGAGGAGGGAGAAGAGGAGCAAGCUGAAGACAGGGCAAAGAACGAAGAAGAACAGCAGGAUAUAAAGGGGAUCCCCUCGUUCUGGCUGACCGCUCUGGAGAACCUGCCAGUGGUCUCCGAGACGAUCACGGACCGCGACGCCGAAGUGCUCGACUACCUCGUGGAUAUCAAGCUCGAGUACCUGAGCGACGGCAGACCGGGAUUCAAGCUGGUGUUCACCUUCGACGAAGACACGCCUUUCUUCAAGAACAAGAGCUUGACCAAGACGUACUUCUACCAGAAGGAGCUCGGCUACUCCGGAGACUUUAUCUACGACCACGCCGAGGGCGACGAGAUCCAGUGGACCGACAACGAGUCGAACCCUACCGUCUCCGUAGAGAUGAGGAAGCAGAGAAACAAAGCCACGAAGCAGGUCAGAACCAUCGAGAAGAUCACUCCCGUCGACUCCUUCUUCAACUUCUUCGAUCCGCCAAAGGUCCCCACCAGGGAGCCGACAGCCCAAGACGCAGACGACGCAGACGAGCAAGACGAGGACGAGCUGCAGGAACUGGAAGAAAGAUUGGCUCUGGAUUACUCCAUCGGCGAGCAAUUGAAGGACAAACUCGUCCCACGCGCCGUCGACUGGUUCACAGGAGCCGCCCUGGAGUUCGAAUUCGACAACGAACUGGCGGACGACGAAGGUUUCGAAGACGACGACGACGAUGAAGCUGGAGAAGACGACGACGAAGACGAAGACGAAGAAGAAGACGAAGAAGAACAAGACGAUUUUGCGAAGAAGGAAGCUGCUCCCGAAUGCAAGCAGUCGUGA